UUGGCCUCCACAACCCCGUUUCAAGUUUUAGCGAUUCCUCCCUCUGGACCUCCCCAAUCCCGUCGCAACUUUCUAAUCUCCUUCGUUUCGGUCACCCCAGCUUUCAGUCUCAGAAGUUCAGGUCCCACAAUUCCUCCGCAGUGAGGAAACGCAAGCCAAACUCACGCCCGAACAAACACCGAAAGGGCAACCCAAGAAGCCUGCGCACUCCUUGGACGCAGUGACACUCCCAGAAGUCUCUGGGGUGUAGCCCGGAGCAAGCUGUGAAGAAUCACGACGAAUUUCAAACGGUCCAUCCACCGCUUUCCCGGCUCCGAACUACAGUUCCCAGAAGGCUCAACGGUGCGAAUAGUCUUACCUAAACCAAACCAGCCCUCCUCUUCCUGAGCCCGUAUUCUGGGGAUAAUAAGGUGGGUCCGAGAAGCAAUCCCAUUUCAAACACGUCGGAGUGGCCUUCCUUGGAGGCCACUGCCUAAGACUGAACCAGGCUCUGCGUGGCCUCCGGUGCGCGGUUCCAUAAAGGGGAGCAAUCCUUUAAGCAAGCGGGGCUGCAGCUAACCCCUGAGAGAAAGCCUGGCGACCGGGAGCUACCUUGUUCGCCAUAGGUAAUUUUCUGACUACAUUUCCCAGAGAACUCCUCGGCAUCAUUGUGAUUCUCGCGUGAAUUCAGCCUCAAAGUCACGCGCUGGCGGGACCUUCGGGUCUACACCGGCAACUGUUGCAGCGCUGUGGGGACUUCUGCUGCUCUGGAAGCUUGGAAGGCCUGAGGUGAGGAUCCCCAGGACAGGGCGGAGCCGGAGGCUCGGCUUUGUACGGCGGGUUUUGCCCUUUUCCAAGAGGAGCCCAGAGGAGGACUGGUCUUUUUCUGCAAAUACCAAAGCCAUGGCUCAGGAGUCAGUGGUGUUCAGUGAUGUGUCCAUAGACUUCUCUCAGGAGGAGUGGGAAUGCCUGAAUGAUGAUCAGAGAGAUUUAUACAGAGAUGUGAUGUUGGAGAAUUACAGCCACCUGGUUUCAAUGGCAGGACAUUCUGUUUCUAAACCAGAUGUGAUCUCCGUCUUGGAGCAGGGGAAAGAGCCCUGGUUGGUUGACAGAGAACUAACAAGAGAGCAGUGGCCAGUCCUGGAAUCAAGAUGUGAGACCAAGAAAUUAUUUCUGAAGAAGGAAAUUUAUGAAAUAGAGUCAGCGCAGUGGGAGAUAAUGGAAAGACUUACAAGACAUGACCUUCAGUGCUCUAGUUUCAGAGAUGAUUGGGAAUGUAAUGGCCAGUUUGAGAAACAACAUGGCUCUCAGGAGGGACACUUCAGUCAACUGAUAUUCACCCAUGAAGGCAUGCCCACUUUCAGUCAGCAUCCAUCCUUUACAUUACAGCAAAUCAUUAAUAAUAAAGAGAAAUAUUGUGCAACUAAGGAAUAUAGGAAAACCUUUAGACAUGACUCACAACUUAGUACACAUCAGAUAAUUCAUACCAUUGAGAAACCCUAUGAAUGUAAGGAAUGUGGAAAGGCCUUUAGACAUCCCUCAAGACUCAGUCAUCAUCAGAAAAUUCAUACUGGCAAGAAACCCUUUGAAUGUAAGGAAUGUGGGAAAACAUUUAUUUGUGGUUCAGACCUUACUCGACAUCACAGAAUUCACACUGGUGAGAAACCCUAUGAAUGUAAGGAAUGUGGAAAGGCCUUUAGUAGUGGCUCAAACUUCACUCGACAUCAGAGAAUUCACACUGGUGAAAAGCCCUAUGAAUGUAAAGAAUGUGGGAAGGCUUUUAGUAGUGGCUCAAACUUUACUCAACAUCAGAGAAUUCAUACGGGGGAGAAACCCUAUGAAUGUAAAGAAUGUGGCAAUGCCUUUAGUCAGAGCUCACAACUUAUUAAACAUCAGAGAAUUCAUACAGGUGAGAAACCCUAUGAAUGUAAGGAAUGUGAAAAGGCUUUUCGUUCUGGUUCAGACCUUACUCGACAUCAGAGAAUUCAUACUGGUGAGAAGCCCUAUGAAUGUAAGAUAUGUGGGAAAGCCUACUCUCAGAGUUCACAACUUAUUAGUCAUCAUAGAAUUCAUAGUGGUGAGAAACCCUAUGAAUAUAGGGAAUGUGGAAAGACCUUUAAUUAUGGCUCACAACUUAUUCAACAUCAAAAUUUGUACUGGUGAUAAACCAUAGAAUAUAUGAAAUCUGUAGGAAGGCUUUUAAUUACAGCUCAAAACUAUUCAACAUUAGAGAAUUUACCUUGAUAAUAAUCCCUUUAAAUAGAAUAAUGUGAAAACAUCUUCUUUGUUGAUUCUAGCUUAUUCAACUUGAGAAAAAUCAUGUAGGAGAAACACCCUAUGAGUAGAAUAUAUUUUGGAAGCCCUUUAAUAAAAGCAUAUAUUUCUUUUGACAUUAGAUAAUUCAAGCUAGCAAAUACUGAAAAUCAUAGCACUUUUGACACCUUUUUAACCUUAUUUUAAACCUCAGAAUUCAUGUGAAAUAUAAUCCUAAUUUUCAUUUCCCCCCUAAUUUGUCUAUAGUGCUAUAUCCUUAGUAUUUUAACCCAUCUUAAAUUUAUAAAGUCCAAUUUCUUUACAUCACAGUUUGUAAAACACCUUUAAAACUUGAAAGAAGUGAUCUCUUUAUUCAAAGAUGGCUUAUUCUUUUUGUUAUUUACAAAACUUAGGCUUUCUUCUUGUAAAAACAGUGAUGAAAAACUUAACACAGUAAAUAGAGAUCCUUUCAUUGCUUCCUGGUGUUUCCUUAUGUUGCAAUAUAAGGAUGUGUGAUAUCAUUUUAUCAAAUUCCUAUUGAAAGAAAUUGUAGUUUCCCAGAGUUUUUGCCAUUAUUCACAGUUUCCUGAUGAAAAUUCUCCCUAGGCAUAUCUUUGUAUCAUGUAUUUUAAUUGCAGAAAUAAUGCAUGAACGUAUUUUCCUUUUAAAAGAUUUAAACAUUGCAAAUAAGGCAAACAUACGACUACCAUCCUUGUACCCAUUUCCCAUUCUGAAGGAUAGUCAUUAUCUGUUUAGUAUUUAUCUUUCUUAAGCAUUUUUCUAUGUUUUUAUACAUAUUUGUCUCAGUAGAAAUUAUAAAAUGGGGAUAAUUAUAACACCUACCUCAAAAUUUUGUGUGAGGAUCAAAUAAAUUAAGACACAUAAACUGCUUAGAAUUGUGCCUGUCAUAUAAUAAAUACUCACUGAAUGUUGGUCAUUAUUUUA